UAUCACACAAAAAGAGAGGAGGAGAGAAAAAGCUUUUUUACAGAAGGAGAAUAGCAUAUGGCGAUGAUGGAGAUACCCGAGGCGUAUGGAGUGAUGGCAGAUGGAAAUGACACCAACAUCAACAUUACUAGUAAUAGGAGUGUUAUGAUGAAUCCAGCUCCUCCCAUUCCUAUUCAGAGCACCAAAAGAGUUCGCAGCCAGAGGCGUAGGCGUUCUUCCCUCAACUUCGCUUCCCUGGAUUUCCCAUCCUUUCUCUCACACGUGCCACCACCUCCACCUCCUCCUCCUCCUUUGCCCGCCGCACGUAUACUUGAACCAACAGGAUUCAGAUUUCUCUUUGACAAGCAGCUUCAGAACAGUGACGUCAGCUCCCUGAGGAGAAUCGUUGUGCCCAAGAAAGCAGCUGAGCGAUAUCUUCCAGCUCUUGAGAUCAAAGAAGGGUUUCCCAUAACAAUGGAUGACAUGGACGGUAUUCAUGUUUGGAGUUUCAGAUACAGGUACUGGCCAAAUAACAGCAGCCGAAUGUAUGUGCUUGAAAAUACUGGUGACUUUGUCCAAACACAUGAAUUGCGCCAAGGAGACUACUUUGCACUCCACUACAAUGACCAAAAGCAGAUUUAUGGCAUUGAAGCGAGGAAAGCUGGAAGUGGAACGGUAUUCCGUGGUUAUGAAGCAGAGGACGUGAUUUUAACUGAUUAUGCACAGCCUGCAGAUGAUGGGAAUGGAGCGGUUAUGAAUGAACCAGAAGUGGAUAUGUCCAGCUUUUACUUCCCUGCAAUGGAUAACGAGAUGGGUAUGUCCUUCAUUUAUGAUACCAGCUUCUGGAACGAGCCUGCCUUCGACUUUGUAGGGGGUCCUAUGACCUAUUACUCAACUAAUGUGUACCCUAUGCCAAGCUUUGGGUCCAUUGAAGACAGCUUUGCUGUUGAUGAUUUCUACUGAAGUCUGGAGCACGCAUAGUGGAAUAUAUACUACUAAUCCCAUGCAGCCUUGUAAUCUAAUGCAUACUCUUACCAGUAGCGUUUUGAAGUAAAAAGCUGAUACUCCAGCUACUAGCACAAGCAACUUUACUAGUAAGUUUAAGGUUUCUGUUUUUUGUUUUGUUUAUUGUUAGAAGGGGCUGAGACUUCUGGGGGUGUUUUGUACUUUCUUUGGUUGGCUUUUUGUUGUGAAGUUAGUUUGGGUCAAAAACUCUUUACCACCCUAAAUGUAAUAAGCUGGAGACUUUAGAAAAGGAAAAACAUGAAAUAAAAAGGCGCAUAGUUCAGGUUUAUAAUGAUUGUCAUCAAGCUUUGUUUGAUUUGUCAUGUAUAGAAAUCAUGCUCCACUCUUAGCAUAAUCCCUGCUAAAAUGUGUUUGGUGUUUGUCUUGACUAAUGAAUAUUUUACAGGAAUGGCAGAGGAGUUUAGCAAUUGUGCUGCUAUAAGUUACUCGUGUCUUGUAGAUUUUGUCACUUGAGCUUUUGUGUCUAAGAGGAGAGUUUUUCAUAGUUCUCCCUCUUUUUGUUUUGUUUGGCUCAAGGUAACAAAAUGUAGGAAAAAUUAAACUCUGUAACUCAUCAAUAUACGAUAAUAAUUCUAUCAAUAAGGUAUUGUGGUGAGCUGACCCUUCAUCCACAGAGCUUACCAAUCUAUAGAUUUUUGGAUAGUCAAUUACAUACAAACUAGUUUUCUACAUCUCACAGCUCAUUUUCUGUUCUAUGCGCAGCUAACAAGCUUCUUUUGGUGUUUAAUUAAAUUAAUUUCAUUGAUCAUAACAGUUCACUUUUUCCUUUUGGUUCCAGUAGAUGUUGCUUCAAAAAUAUGAUUACGCAGACUUGUGAUAUUCAGAGAGACUGGGAAAGAAGGAAUAGCACAAGAAAUGACUCAUCUUUAAGUACCCACAGAUGCAUAUAUAUAUAUAUAUAUAUUUCAGGUGUAGCAUGAGACGUACUGGGGAUG